CCUCAGGUGACUUGACCUCGUUGGCCGCAUCCAACGCGUCUGGCCUCUAUCUCUUCAGUGCAGAUUCAAAUGCCAAAUAUAUUAGCAUUGUGACCUCUGUCAUCUCCCUGGUGGAUGUAUACCACAGUCGUGGUGCUUCGAGGCUCAGGGGACGUGGCCUCCUGGGCAGCAUCCAAAGCGUCUGGCCUCUGUCUCUUCAGUGCAAAUGGAAGUGCAGCACAUCCAGGAGUGUGACCGCUGUCAUCUCCCUGGUGCACAUGCAUCGCAGUGCUCUCCCUUCUCCACUAAGAGCAAAAAAUGAACACAUACCAGGUCUGACUUGGAAUUUUGGAUGGAACUAUGCGGUUCUUCGCAAGCUGCUUUGGAAUGCACUACCACCAAUGGCUUUCUUCGACGUGAUGAAGAGUUUAGUUGGCGACCCGGCAUUUUGGUUGAUGCCUACUAUCAUUGAGGGUGUCCUUAGACAACAUCCAGCAUCCUCCCACCCAGGGAAGACAGUCCUCACACCUACACAGGUCUUUCCUCACCAGAAAACACUUCCAGAGAGGUGCGCUAAUCCGUUUCCCACCUCCCACACUCUUCUGCAUGUUCUGGCUUAUGCCAAGACCCAGGAGGAAAUUAAAAUUUCCUCUGAAUUGAAACUUUACCUUCUCCAAACUGCUGGAUCCCUCACUGGCCCGUGGCGUGAGCCAGGAGUGCUGGUUUAUCAUAUGAAAUUGUGGCUGUUGAUGGGGGUGCACUCUCCCAGCUCAGGAACCAUGAUGAUAUGGCCCCAGGCCUCCAGCUACACUGGGAUUCCUGAGUUCCCUGAUGUAAGAACCAGCCUCCAAGGGCAUGAGCUGCACUCCCUACAGCAGGAGAGUAUGUACUUCCUCACCCUCACACUGGGUACAGCUUUCUGUAGCUUGUAUUGGCCUAGUUUUGAGGCUCCAACUGGAGACCCAUAAGUAACUCUACUUGAGCAGCUGGUUAGUUCCACACCCAGCCAUUCCUCCUGUGUGCUGGGCUCUCAUGCUCUAGCCCCAGGCCAGAGGCCAGGCAGCUUGGGACAGCCCCUCUGCCCGACAGCCUACUGACAUGGUUCAAACUAACCAAUCCCAAGCCUGCCCACCCUGCUUCACCUGUUCCAUCCCAUGGAAACCCCAAGAUAGGUCCUUGUCCACAUUUUCUCUUCAUCUCCUCUGCCUCUCCACCUUAGUCUCCUGACUAAGGUGGCCCUCAGUGGUGCAGACCCCCUCCUGUGGGGACCUUGGAGAAUAAUAAAAUCU